AUGGAAAGCAAUGUGUUGCUAGACCUAGAAAUGAAUUCAAAGAUAUCAGACUUCGGCAUGGAUAGAUGUUUUGUAGGGAAUGAGAUGGAUGCAAACGCAAGUGGUGAGUGGCUACAUGUCCCAGAAUAUGCAACAAAUGGGAUUUUCUCAGUAAAAUCAGAUGUAAUCACAACUAAUCAAUACAUCAUAGAUGGUGAAACUGUUGUUUCAUCUUCGGGAACCUUUGAGAUGGGAUUUUUCAGCCCCAAAGGUUCCUCCAAGCGAUACAUUGGGAUAUGGUAUAAGCAAAUUCUUCCAGUGCAAACAGUAGUAAGGGUUGCCAAUAGAGAGAAACCGCUCACCAAUACAUCUUUAUUCGUUUUGAAGGUCACCAAGACGGGAAUACUUGCUCUUCUCAAUGACAAGAAUGAAAUAAUAUGGUCCACUAACGCCUCACGAUCAGUCCAAAAUCCAGUAGCACUACUUUUGGAUUCUGGUGAUCUUGUUAUAAAAGAUGCAAAUGAUGAAACUUAA